AUGAAGCCCUUCACCCAGCUACUGACGGCUCUUGCUAUGGGCAUUGCCUGCCCAGUCGCAGCCAGCUCUGUUCCGUUUGAACGGCUGAACGUCAAUGACACGGUGCUCCUAAUCGUGGACCAUCAAGUUGGUUUGUUUGACUUUGCUCGAGACUUUGAUGGCGGCCUCUUCUUCCACAACAUGGUCACCCACGCAUCCAUCGGGGAGCUCUUUGACAUCCCCGUCAUCAUGACCACCUCUGACGAGACUGGCCCCAACGGCCCGCUUCCAAAGGAGAUCCUCGACAUGCAUCCCAACGCGACUCUGAUCAAGAGGCCCGGCGAGGUCAACGCAUGGGACAACCCUGACUUUCGGGCCGCCGUCCAGGCCACGGGCCGCAAGCAGAUUGUUCUGGCCGGAAUAGUCACCGACGUCUGCGUGACGUUUCUGUCACUGUCCCUCCGGGAGGCCGGCUACAGCGUCUGGGCCAACGUCGAGGCUUCCGGGACCGUGUCGCCGCUGAUCCGGGACGUGUCCAACGCGCGGAUGCAGGAGGCGGGCGUGCAGCUCGUCGGCAUCUUCAGCAUCGUGGCCGACCUGUUCCGGGACUGGCGCAACCCCAAGCCCAACGCUGCGGAGUUCCGGGCCUGGACGGACAAGUACGCCCCGCAGUACCAGAUGCCCUCGCGUCUUUACGACGCUGUCAAGGGCAGCCGACAGUCCUGA